ACAGACGGAUUCUGUUUUGUGGAUUUCGCUCAUUAAUUUUGCGACAAAAUCCUCUUUUCCAAAAGAAAUGGAUUUAGUAUCGUCCGUUUUUAGUCGAAGAUCGACUGAGGGUUAUUCCUCUAAAACGUCAAAUGUGGACACUCUCUCGGAGGAUGAAGAGGAUAUUGUCAUGGGCACUGGGGAAAGCAUCAGCGUGUCUGCCCAGCCUACAUACCCUCACAACAGUAAUUCUGACUUCAAUCCAACUCCUGGUGGACCAUUCUCUGCCCUCACACCUUCAAUGUGGCCACAAGACAUCUUGUCAAAGCUAACAAAUCCGCCUGAAGAUCCAUCGGGGCAGCUGGAUUAUCGAUAUGAUGAAUUUGGCUACAAGGUCGAAGAGGAAGAUGGUCCAGAGCAAAAUUCGAGCAAAUUGCUAAGCACUCCAUUUGUGGAAGAUGCACAGCACAGACUAAAGUGGACCGCUUAUCUUGAAUUCACACACAAUGAUGAAGUAGGCGAUCUCACAUGGGAUAAGAUUGAAAACAGAUUGCCAAGGUCCGAGAAAUUGAAAACGAUGAUGAAGCAAGGUGUUCCUCAUUCCCUUCGACCGUAUAUAUGGCCUCGACUGUGUGGGGCAUUUGUCAAGAAAGCCAACGCCGAUACCUCUUACAAGGACAUAGUGAGGACAAGCUCGAAUGAUCAUCUCAUGACUUCGAAACAAAUUGAAAAAGAUCUGUUGCGGACGAUGCCGAGCAAUGCAUGUUUCUGUAACAUCAACAGUACUGGUAUACCGAGGUUGCGACGAGUCCUUCGAGCACUAGCAUGGCUCUACCCAGACAUAGGAUACUGCCAGGGCACGGGAAUGAUUGCUGCCUCACUCCUACUGUUCAUGGAAGAAGAGGAUGCAUUUUGGAUGAUGUGUGCCAUAAUAGAGGACCUCCUUCCAGCUUCCUACUACUCGAGUACACUCAUUGGAGUCCAGGCUGACCAGCGUGUUCUCCGCCAGUUGAUCAUCAGCUAUCUUCCCGACACUGAUUUGGUACUCAAAGAACAUGAUAUUGAGCUUUCCCUCAUCAGUCUUCACUGGUUCCUGACAGCAUUUGCAUCUGUUGUGCACAUGAAAGUGCUGUUGAGAUUAUGGGACCUUUUCUUCUAUGAAGGAUCUGCUGUGCUCUUCCAGGUCACCUUGGGGAUGUUGAAGAUGAAGGAACCAGAAAUCCUGAGCCUUGAUAAUUCAGCCCAGAUCUUCAAUGCAUUAUCUGAUGUACCUGGUGAUGUACAGGAUGUGGAUGAGUUGAUUGAGGUGGCGUUCAAAGUUGCUUCUUCCUUGACAGACAUGAUGGUGGAGUCGCACCGGCGCAAGCAUUUAGCCUACUUGAUGGCAGACCAAGGUGCUAUAGUCAAUCCAGAGUCGGCCAAAAACCUGCCAAAACAGCAAUUAAAUAAGCGCCACCUGCGACGGUCCAGAUCACUGAUCUCUAUGUUACUCUGGGGGGAGACUGAUGAGGAGGACAGCAGUAAGGCCAAAAACAUCAAACAGACUGAACUACUCGUCGAUCUGAGGGAAGCCAUAUUACAAGUGGCGAGACAUUUCCAGUCAAUCGACCCCAAGAACAACAAAGUGAAUCUCCAAGCUGACUACACGAUGGAGAGUCAUGCUCGUGACCUUGAAGCCUAUGUUAAUGUGGCUAGGUGCAGGAGGCGAAGGGCAAAAGCAUUGUUAGACUUUGAGAGACAUGAUGAUGAUGAAUUGGGCUUCCGCAAAAAUGAUGUAAUCACGAUAAUUUCACAGAAAGAUGAGCACUGUUGGGUGGGAGAGCUGAAUGGUCUACGGGGCUGGUUCCCUGCCAAAUUUGUUGAGCUUUUGGAUGAGAGAAGCAAAAACUACUCAAGUGCUGGAGAUGAUACUGUCACAGAGACGAUCACUGAUCUAGUCAGAGGGGUAUUGUGUCCUGCUUUAAAAGCAGUAUUCGAACAUGGAUUAAAACGAUCUUCAUUAUUAGGAGGUCCUGGCCAUCCCUGGCUCUUUAUUGAAGAGGCUGCAACAAAAGAAGUGGAGAAAGAUUUCAAUUCAGUGUAUUCACGACUGGUGCUCUGUAAGACAUACAGACUUGAUGAAGAUGGUAAAGUUCUGACUCCAGAGGAGAUUUUGUAUAGAUGUGUUCAGUCUGUAAACCUGUCGCAUGAUGCAGCACAUGCCCAGAUGGACAUCAAAUUCAGAUCUCUGAUAUGCUGUGGAUUAAAUGAGCAAGUGAUGCACCUGUGGUUAGAGACAUUGUGCUCUUGCUUAGAGGUGAUAGAGAAGUGGUACCACCCAUGGUCGUUCAUGAGAAGCCCUGGAUGGGUCCAGAUCAAGUGUGAGCUAAGGUUACUUUGCCAGUUUUCAUUCAGUUUGUCCCAGGACUGGGAGCUUCCCCUCAAGAAAGAAUCGGCCUUACCCCUUAAAGAAGGUGUGCGGGAUAUGCUUGUCAAACAUCACCUUUUUAGCUGGGAUAUAUGAUUGGUGCUUGGAUAGAUUGUAGGUUCCUGGUAAAGUUUCAUCUUGCUGGCCAUUUAUGAAGGAUUUCUCCAUCAAAAAAGACAACAAGUUUUGACCCCCAACCCAUUGAACAUUUUCCUGCAAUAUAUUUAUUGUUAUGGUUUAUAUAAAACUUCAGUUUUUGCAGGAUAGCUCCUCUGAGCACUUAAGUCGCUGCUUGAUGAGCUGUGUAGCAAUUUCUAAUUUGGACUUAUCACGAUACGUGUUUUCAGAUCGAGCCUUUGAUCUCUGGAAAUUUCUUUUUGUGUCUCCAGUUUUCGGCAAAUCUCGUUUCUAGUAUGCACUUCAUGACUGGCCAGUUGUGUGAGGGAAUUCUUCUUAUUAGCAUUUGUGUUGAUCAGACCUACAUUUACAGUUCAAAUCACAAAUGACAUCCAUCCUGCUUUGCGUCAUUGACGCGCAACGUGCAUGCGAGUUUCACGUCAAUGAACACCUGUGACAUGCUUAUUUCUCCAUGUUUUGUGUAUAUUACGCAUGACCUACGCGCUUGGUAGCACGUCAAUGACGUGCCAAUGACACAAAUUUAUGGAUGACAAUUGUGAUUUGGACUGUAGGACCAGGUGAUACAGAAAAAGAUUACAUGCAUUUAAUUUCGAAUAACCCACAAAAUAUCACUCAGUUCUGCCAGGCAGAUAUAGCCAGGGUCAUUUAUAGAACAAAUGUAAUUGAUGGCGCUGUUGCAGUUCCGGGGUUUGCUGGCAGGGGCGCGCCUGAACAACUGGCGGUGCCGCUGAGCAAUCACGAGUUAGCUUGGGUGGUGACUAAAUUUUGUGUAUCAUCGCUUAAGAUAAGUAAUGCACCCUAAUAACUCGUCUCAACAGCACCAACAGCGGAUGACACUUAAAUAAAUAUAUAAUGAUAAUGAUAAUACAAGAGUGGUGUUUUGGUAAUUGUUCAAUUCAAAUGUAUUCAAUCUUUUCUGGGUCGGCUUGUUGGACGGAUGGUGUUUUUAGCUCACCUCUUAGCAGAGGUGAGCUUAUCCCAUACCGUGGCGUCCGUCGUCCGUCUUCGUCGUCGUCGUCGUCGUCGUCGUCGUCGUCGUCGUCGUCGUCGUCGUCGUCGUCGGCGUCGUCGUCGUCGUCGUCGUCGUCCGUCGUCCGUUAGCAGGGCACGUUUCGUAACUGUUAGAGCUAUUGAGUUGAAACUUGGUACACAUGUACCCUUAUGUAAUGACACCUGGGAGACCAAGUUUCGGUCCGAUUCGUUUCAUGGUUUGGCCACCAGGGGGCCAAACGUUAAAAGUGAAAAUAUGCAAUAUCUCCCUCAAUAGUAGUCGGGAAAUUUUGAAAAAAAUAUGGUAGGUACUUCUAGCAAAGGUGCAUCAUAUAUCCUCCGGGUUUUUGAUUUGACCUCCUUUUCAAGGUCACAGAGGUCAAAUGGUGUAAAUUGGCCGUUAGGAUGUAACGAUGGCACGUUUCUAAACUGCAAUGACUAUUGAUACCAAAUUUGGUACACAUUUACCCCUUAGUCAGCUGAUCUCAGGGACCGAAGUUUGGUCCAAUAUGAUUCACCACUUGACCACCAGGGGGCAAAAUCCAAAAACCUUAAAAAUGUGAUUAUUCCUUAACUUCUUGCCCGAUUGCCACCAAUUUGAUAUCAUGGGUACAUCUAACCACCAUACAGUAUAUGUCACACAGGUUUUUAAUUUGACCUUCUUGUCAAGGUCACAGAGGUCAAAUGGCGUAAAUUCGCCGUCAGGCCGUAACAAUGGCACGUUUCUUAACUGCAAUGACUAUUGAUCACAAAUUAAGUACACAUGUACCCCUUGGUCAGGUGAUCUCAGGUACCGAAGUUUGGUGCGAUCUGAUUUGCCGUUUGGCCUCCAGGGAGGGGGCCAAAUCCUAAAUUCUUCAAAAUGCCAUUAUUCCUAGUAAUGACUUGCCCGAUUGGCACCAAUUUUAUAUCAUAGGUACAUCUAAUUCUAACAACCAUUCAAUGUGUCACCCGGGUCUUCUUUGAUUUGACCUACUUUUCAAGGUCACAGAGGUCGAAUGUACUGUAAAUUGGCCAUUUUGGGGAAAUUGUAAUUGCUUGGACCUACAUCAAACCUAACACUACAUGACACAAGACCAUGCUCUUUAUCCAUCUUUCCUCCACAUGAGGUGAGCACAAUGGCCCUGGCCAUUUCAUUUAAAUAGCUAUUACAGCAUCGGUCACGACAGUUUUGAUCUCAUGCCUAUUUAGUCAGUGUGGUUAACAGUUUUGAUUUGGUCACUUUUGGUGACAAUGGUACCAUCUUGAAUUUCAAGGGUUAAAAUUCACGCAAUUCUGGUGUUUCUAUUAUAUGAAAUGAGCAGAUCAAAAAUAUGGAAUGUUAUCCCUUGAUAGGUCAUUGUUGAUGUUGCAUGAACUUGAAAUAUUUUGAUAAUCUUUUAAUAAUAGAAGUAACUCCUCUCCGGAGCAAAGGUUACAAUUUUGUGAGUUUUAACCCCCUGUAUAGAUGCACCAAACUUGAAAUCCUUUCCUACGCUACUAACACUACUUUAUGAAACAUUCCAAUGGCGUUUUUAACUAGAGUGUAACUUUGGCAGUUUACUCGCUGAUGUGGCUUUAAACUGAUUGUGAAUUCUGAUCUUUUCCUUCUUAAAAAUGAUAAAUACUACAUCCCCAAUUUCUCUUUCAUCUUUGAAUAUACAUGUAAAAGUAAAUCAGCUUUUUUUUCUUAUGGUAAUAAAAGUCUACUGCAAAAUAUGCAAAUUAGGAGAUAAAAAUUACAUGCGUAAUAGAGUAUUUAACUAAAGAUAUGUUUGGAUUUAUAACUAUACAUAUUUGAAUAUCUAGCUUAAUUCAGAGUUAGAUUACAUCUAGUCAAAAAAGAGCAUGUUUUAGCUCCCCUCCAAAGAUGUAAGUUGUUUAUAUGCACAGCGUCCGUAAACCGUUGUUGACAUCAUCCGUUAGCAUUGCAUGUUUUGUAACUGCUGUAGCUAUCAACUUGAAACUUAGUACAGUUGAACCUCUCUAUUAAGGACACCUUCGGGACUGACAAGUGCUGUCCUUAAUAGAUAGGCGUCCUGAUUAGAGAGGUCAAAUUGAAUGGAAACAACCAAUUUGGGACCAAAACUAGUGUCCUUAAUAGAGAGGUUGUCCUUAGGAGAGAGGUGUCCGCUAAGGGAGGUUCUACUGUACAUAUGUUCCCCUGUAAACUGACACCAUGGAGACCAAAUUUUGCUUGGUUUGAUUCCUGAUUUUGCCACCAGGUGGCUAAAACCGAAAAGAAAAAAAUUACUGUAUCUCCUUAGGUGAGGAUUCUAUCAUCACCAUCAUUUUAUCAUAUGUACAUGUAAUGAAAAUAGAUGACAUAUCACACAGGUUUUUGAUUUUACCUAUUUUUCGAGGUCACAGAAGUCAAAUAGCGUUGAUAGACCAAUGGUGGCAUAAUUCGUAACUACUGGAGCUAUUGACUAGGGACUUAGCACAUAUGCAGCCAUAUGUUGUGAAACCUUGUAGGCUAAAUUUUGGUUCAAUUUGGUUCCUGGUUUGGCCACCAGGUGGCAAAAGUAAAGAAAACAAUAACCUGUCUGUGGGGGAGGAGAGCGCAUUUGCUUCAGCCAUUUCAUUAUAAUCAUGAUAUUAGUGUGAGGAGUUUGGAACAUGUUUGUGCCAUUUAUACAUGUCAUGUUAUCGGCUUUGAUAGUGGCAUGAGUUAAGCUAACACCUACGACCCAUCUGCUGUAAUGUUGCAUUUGCAUUAGGUCAGGUAACCGAUAGAAACUUGGGCGUGGUUGGGGGAAUUAGAGAAUUAGAUUUCCAGGAUAUAUAAAUCUGCAGCUUAUCAGUUGUAUAUUUUGUAUUCAAUUUGCAUAACUUAAAUCUAGGGUUUUUGCCAAAGAAAAAAGUUUGAUAUGUAAUGCACAAACAAAGCCCCAUUGGAAGUACCUGUCAGUAGCAAUAUGGAAGGUCAACAAAGCACCACAGUUCAGCUGCAAUUGUGUCUCAAUGAUUAAUAUCAGUUGAUUAUUUGAUAAGAUUAUGAUAAGUAAUCUUGACAGAUUUUGUCACUUCCCUAUCUGUUUGUGUGUCCAAGGAGUUUGGGUAGGAUAGUGCAUUUGUCAGCAUCCUGUCCUGCUGUUUAGAUUUAGGUUUAAGUGACCGAAAUGCAUCGAUAGACCAUCGGUAUUGUAGGGGCAUUGGCUGGUAGGAACCUGGAGGUGCACAUUUUGGUAAGGUGAAACUUGAUGAAGUGUGAAAUCUGGUGAAAUUUAGUGAAGAAACCUUCUAAGUAUUUUAGGGUGGAGAUGGUCUGGAAAAGCCUAACUAGCCCCUGGGUAUAGAUUGUUCCCUUCAAAAACCCGGUGACUGCAUUUUCCUCCCUGGCUGUUCCUCUGGUGAAGUAGGGCCUACCGUGGAGGUAACUUCUUCCUUCAUUUCAACACAUUCGCUCAUCUGAAUUCCCUACACUCUCCUGGCAUAACUUUCUUCAUCAACCUAUAUGCAUACAUGUGGUAGUGGCAGUUAACUAAACCCCAAAUUUUGUAUGUUAAUCUUGCAAGGAAAAUCUGUUGAAAAACACCUCGUGGUCAUUUCUCUUUCAGAGUCCAGAGUCAUAUACGGGUUGAUUAUAGUUGAUUAUAGUUUUGAAAUGUAUAAGUUGACCGUGUUAAUUUAAUUGUAACCAUUAAUGUGAAGUCAAACCUUGUCAUAACAACUACAGUCUGCUCAUGUAAAACACAGACUUGCAAUCCCAGAUCAACCACAACUUGUUUGAUAUUUAUUGGCUGUAAUGAAACUCGGAUAUACUAACUAGUUAUUAAUAUAACCUUUAGUAUCCUAAUUCAUUUACUGUCAGUUUCGACUGCACACGUAACUGCUUUGUUGCAUUAAAUGAGUUACAAUUAUUUGGUUAUCUUAUUGUGUUAAGAAGGUUUUCUAAAGUAGAAAGGUGGAAUAGGCCUACAAUUAGAAGAGACAAUGCUUAAGUACCCAAAAUUUGAUAGAGAGAAUAAUACAAAAAUAUUGAAGUGGUUUUUUGUCAUCAACAGUAGUUUCCUGGUCUUAAUUCUUUGUUCCAGCACACUACCAUUUGCAAAAGAUGCAAUAUGAUGCUGAGUAAGAAAACUUGCAACUUCCAAAUAUGACAAUAACAUGCAGUUUUCUAUUAGAGAAGCAUUUUGUAUACUUUUCUCUUUUGAAAUUAUGAUCUAGUCAUUUGCAUAUUAUUUAUGAAAUACUUUAUAUAUGUUUGAUUUUGGGCAUUCAAGAUACAAAAACAUUCAGAUGAAGGAGAUUAAACUAUAAGUCACAACCUUUACUUUUGCAGUCAGAAAACUUUAUUAUUGAUAUAAAUCUGCACAAAAGAGUCAAUAUACUACAAAGUACAUGUAGUCUCAUAAUCAUUAGAGAGGGUAGAUCAUGAAUGGCUAUUACAUAAUCAACCAUUGCUCUCAGUGGUGUGCAUCUCUCGUCUGAACAUUCAUUCCUCAUCUCUAUAGUGCCCUGCAGGAGAGCAAUUGAUAUUGCGUGCAACAAAAAAUCUCUUGUUGAUCAUUGCAGGUACCUCAAAAAGAAUUGGUGAUUUCAUGUCCUGCGAUCACUAUCUAACCCAGGAAUUACUGGUUUGGGCUGCAAAUAAGCAAAUUUUUUAUUGCUUAUUGCAUUGAUAAUUGCCCCAGUUUGCAGCAAAAAAAAUUGCUUGUUUGCAUGCUAUUUAAAGUAACUACUUGUAUGUCAUGAGCACAUUCCUUUCUUUUUCAUUAUUUACUAGUCUUUUAGAUCGGUUGCCAAAAGAUUUUAUGAAAGGCUUUACAGCUUAAUAUUGUGUUAAUUUUGAAUGGCACCUUGUAAAUUUGUCUUCACACAUGCCUACAAGGCUAACAAUUGCUGUGUUAGCACUGUCCACCAAACUGUACAUCACUUUUGAGAUGUAUGGUGAGGCCAUUUCAAAGUAACCAGGGGAAUUGACUUACCUGUGGUUUUAAAAAGAACGGGUUUGAUUUGAAAUAUAUGUAUGCAUGUUGAUGGCAAAUCUAAUGAAGAAGCAUGCCACAGCCAUGAUGGAUGUAAAUAUUGAAAGUAGCAGCAUGAGGUGUUGUGAGUAGUCUAAGAUGAACAUGCACAUGUGAUCUAUGUUAUUGAUGUAAAAUAAAAUAUCUGUAAAUACGAGUAUUAAUGUUGAGGACGAACAUUGCCAAAUGUAUUGUAUAUGUGUACAAAGUAUGUGAUAAUAAAGAGAGUACACAGUU